ACAUAGAGAAAUAAACAAGAACAAAAAAGUUGUGUAGACAGAGAGAAUCCAUCCCUCACAAAACCCAAAACCAAAAAAAAAAGCAGUCAAGAACAAAUCGAAAUCUCAAGCUCUAUGAAACCUCGUCUUCCUUCGUCUUCUCCCUCUAUUUUACCUUCAAUGGAUGCUUGAUUUGCUCUGGUAACUGCGUUUGGUGUUCCAUAUUUGUUGUUUUGUAGUUUACUAUGGAUCCUGAAAGUAUCAUGGCUUCUGCUGAUGGGACGGACUCUGCUCUUGCAAAUGGUGGUUUAGUAGCAGUGGAAGAUGUUGGUAUUGAAGGAAAUGGUGUUGAUUCUGGGGAGACCUUGGAUACUGCUUCAGAUAGUCAGAAUGAGAAUUCCGGAGACAGUUUCAAUUUGGAUGCAGUUAAGCAGUCCAAAGAGGCAGCAGCUGAGGGCACACAAAUUGAAAAUGUAGAAGAUCCAAAGCAUGUUAAAGGCGAAAAAGCUCAACGGAAGCUAAAGCAUGAGAAACUCCCAGGUGGUAAGAAUGUUCCAUCGGUACAUGUCAAAAAGACCAAAGGUGCAGUUGCUAAAGUGGCAGCACCAAAUGGUUCUGUUGCUCCUAAUGCACACACAACAAAGUCUCUAAAGAAAACAUCAUCCAAUGGUAGAGCUGCUCAAGUAACGGAGCAUGGAAAGCAAGACUCUGCACCAGCAGAAAGCGCCACCGGGGACAAGGUGAAACCAAAGCCUCAAAAGAAACAAGCCAAUGAGACAUCUGAAGAUGAUACUCAGUCUUCCAAUAGCCCCAAGGCAGACGAUGGCAAACCUCGUAAAGUUGGUGCACUUCCAAAUUAUGGAUUCAGUUUCAAAUGUGACCAACGGGCUGAGAAGAGAAGAGAGUUCUAUGUUAAGCUUGAGGAAAAGACUCAUGCGAAAGAAGAGGAAAUUAACAACAUGCAAGCCAAGUCCAAGGAAACAGAAGAAGCUGAGCUUAGGAAGCUGAGGAAGAGCUUGAACUUCAAAGCCACACCCAUGCCUAGCUUUUCUCAGCCGCCUAAAACAGAGUUAAAGAAGAUACCACCAACAAGACCCAAAUCUCCAAAACUAGGACGAAAGAAGACUGAUUCUGAAGAAACUCAAACCCCUCGCCUCGCUAGGCUGAGCCUAGAUGAGAAAGCCUCUAGGGAUAACCCAGCUUCUAAGGGAACUGUGGCAACAGUUGAUCUCAAGAAGCAGCCGUUGCGCAAGUCACUUCCAAGAUUGCCAUCUCAGAAAACAGCUCUCCCUGAUGGAAAACCCGCCACAACCUCAUCAAAGGGGAAACUUGAAAUAAGAAAGAAGCUUGAAAAAGAAGCAGAAACCCAAAAGCAGUCUUCAAGUCCCAUAGAAGAGGAGGUAGCACAAGUUACUGCAUCACCCGAUGCUGAUGAAGAAGACUCGCAUGAGACUGUAUGUCCAAGGAUGGAUGAAGACAGAGCAAAGUCCAUUGAGGUGUCUGAAGCGGUUGCAGUUGAGCAUAAAGAGCUCUGCGUUAAUUAAGGAGGACAAGAGGAACUUGAAAGCAUGUAAUAGUUAUAUAUAUAUUCUUCGACCAAAACUUGUUUGAGAAGAAAUGGGUAAAAGAGUGAAAAGAGUCAUGUGUCCGGUUCUAAAGCUUGCUGCUUUUAAAUAUUUCUUUGUUUGAGGUUAAUGUUUUAAAUCUUUUAUGUUGUAUUUUGAUGUCUUUUCCUUUUAUUUUUGAUACUUUGAUUCCUAAGAAAAGUGAAUAUUCAGGAGA